ACACCUUCCUCAGCCAGUUCUUUGUCAAAGACAGAUUCUGGUCAUCNCCAUCUUCACAAUGGCUGCCACCAACUCGCAAAAGAUUGCCAUCUUGUCCGUCUAUGACAAGACCGGCCUGCUCGACCUGGCCAAGGGCCUCGUCAAGAACAAUGUCCGCCUUCUCGCAUCUGGCGGUACCGCCAAGAUGAUCCGUGAGGCCAACUUCCCCGUCGAG